AUGGAAUUCAACACACUUGAUGACUUUAGGGCAGCUAUCCGUGAGUGGUCAGUGCUUAAUGGGAGGGAAAUUUCUUUUGUGAAAAAUGAGGGAGAUAGGCUAAGGGUGGUGUGUAAGCAUAAAUGUGGGUUUUUAGUCUUAUGCUCUAAGGUGGGCCACAAGGAGACUUUUGCUAUAAAAACACUUGUACAUAAGCACACAUGUGCUAGGGUUUUGAACAACAAGUCUGCUAGCUCAAAGUGGGUGGCCAAGCAUGUGGUAAAGAGGAUGCAAACUUCUGAUACAGUCAGGAUAAGAGACAUCAUCCAAGAUAUGAGGCAAACAUAUUCUGUGGGUAUUACUGUUGCAAAAGCAUGGAGGGCUAAGCUAAUUGCGAAGAAGAUAAUUGAAGGUGAUGCUGACAAUCAGUAUGCUUCCAUAUGGAGGUAUGCAGAAGAACUAAGAAGGGUAAACCAUGGCAACACUGUGAAGAUAAAUGUAGAAAGACCUAGUCCAUCCAUACAACCAAGGUUUGGGUCAUUUUAUUUCUGUUUUGAUGGCUGUAAGAAAGGCUUUAUUCAUGGAUGCAGACCAUUUGUGGGGGUUGAUGGAUGUCACUUAAAGACCAAGUAUGGUGGACAGUUACUUAUUGCUGUAGGCAGGGAUGCUAAUGAUCAAUACUUCCCUUUGGCAUUUGGUGUGGUUGAAAAUGAAACAAAGGAGAGUUGGAGAUGGUUUAUACAACUACUAAUGGAGGACAUUGGUCAGGAUAGAAGAUAUGUAUUUAUCUCUGAUCAACAGAAGGGACUUGUGGCUGUAUUUGAAGAAUUGUCUGAUACUAUUGAGCAUAGAUUAUGUCUUAGGCACUUGUAUGCUAAUUUCAAGAAAAGGUUUGGUGGAGGAGCCCUUAUUAGAGAUUUAAUGAUGGGAGCUGCUAAAGCCACAUACUAUCAGGCAUGGGUCCAAAAGAUGAAUGAAUUGAAGAAUGCAGAUCCCAAUGCUUGGACUUGGUUGAUGGCUGUUCCUACCAAAAGCUGGUGUAAGCAUGCCUUUUCUUUUUACCCUAAAUGUGAUACAUUGAUGAAUAAUAUCUCAGAGUCUUUUAAUGCUACCAUUCUAGCUGCUAGGGACAAACCUAUACUCACAAUGUGUGAGUGGAUAAGAAAAUAUCUGAUGAAUAGGUUAUCCACCUCUGCAAGUAAACUAGAAAAUUGGCCACAUAAGGUGAUGCCAAUACCUAGGAGAAGGUUAGAUAAUGAGGUGUUCAGGAGUGGUCAUUGGUUGCCAACAUGGUCAAUUGCUGAGACUUUUCAGGUUACACAUAGUUACAACACACAUGAAUUUAUUGUUGACAUUGCUAAAAGGUCAUGUAGUUGUAAUUUUUGGGAAUUAGUAGGAAUUCCAUGUAGGCAUGUUGUAGCUGCUCUGAGUUAUAGAAAGCAAAACCCUGAUGAAUUUGUUGAUGCUUGUUACACAAGAGAAAAGUUUGCACUAUGUUAUGGAUUUUCAGUAAGUCCAAUCAAUGGUCAAGAUAUGUGGCCAGAAGUUGAGAUGGAACCACCUCUACCACCUGCAUAUAAAAAUGGUCCUGGUAGACCUAAGAAGAUUAGGAUAAGAGAAAGUGGAGAGGAUGGUGCAAGGAAGAGAAGAUCUGGUGUUGCAUAUAAGUGCACCAAAUGUGAUAAUUUUGGUCACAAUGCUAUGACUUGUAAGGCUACCACUCAGGAUCCCAAUGCACUUAAAAGAAAGAGAAAACCUAAAAAAGGACAUGUGCCAACUGCAACUGAUAUGCCAACUGCAAAUGAUAUGCCAACUGCAUCUGAUAUGCCUGCCCCAACUGCAACUGAUAUGCCAACUGCAAAUGAUAUGCCAACUGCAAUUGAUGUGCCAACUGCAAAUGAUAUGCCAACUGCAAAUGAUAUGCCAACUGCAACUGAUAUGACUGUUCCAACAAAUGUGCCUGUUCCAACUGAUCCACAGCCUCCAACUGAUAUGCCUGUUCCAACUAUUAUGAGUCAAACAGGAUCUAGUGUGGCUGCCUCAAUCACAAAACAAUCCAGAAAAAGGGUUGAAAAAAAACCUAUCAUCAAAAGAAGGCAAAGUGAGAGGAUCAAGUUGAGUUGGUUUAAAAGACCCAUAACAGGUGAAGGAAUAUCUAGUGACAAACCAAUUACCCUACCAGAAAAUGAAGACAUACCCACUUCAAAAUGA